AUGUUUAGUUUUGGAUAUAAAAAUUUAUAUGAGCCUAAACCUAUUAUACCAGGACCUGGGUAAUAUUGAAGUUAAUAUAGUGAUUAUGAAUUAAGAAAAGAUUUGAAUACUCAAAUAACAUAGAAGAAAAAAAAGGGUAUGAAUCAUUCAAUUAGUGAGAAGAAAUUAUAAAAUAAUCAUUCUUAUAUACAUAGACUAAAAAAUCAUUAAGAUUGUUAUGGUGAGUAUUAAUUAAAUAAACAAAGAAAAUUUAUAAAAUUAAGCCCAAAGCAAAAGAAAAUGCAUUCUUUUACAACAUCUUAAAGAUCAAAAUGUUUUUUAUUGCCCCAAAUUUCAAAAGGACCAUAAUAUUAUAAAAUUAAUGAUUAUAAAAGUGAUAGCACAAUCAAAAUAGGAAAGUAUUCAUCUAGAAAAGAAAUAUUUGAUAUCUAAAAUAAUAGUUACUCAAAAAGUAAUUGUUCGAAAUUUGAUUCAUCAACAAGUAUAGAAUAAAGAUGUGAAAAGUUAUAGAAUUAUUGGUCUGAAGAUAAGCAGAAACAAAAAUAUAGUUUUUUUUAAAACUAAAGGAUUAAACCUAUUCCUAAAUUUAGAGAAUACUCAUAUUUUGACAAAGAUAAAAUUGGUCCAAGUUUAAUUGAUUAUCCAAAAGAAAAAAUAAAAGGAUUAAAAUUUACAAAAAAUCAAAAAUUUAAAUUAAUAAAAAUAAAUAAAGCUGAUAUCCAUCAAGAAUAUUUUAUUUAAAAAUUAAUCAAGAAUAAGGAUUGCUCAUCCUCAGAUGAAAUCGUUUCUAAUGAUUCAGAAGAAACAAUAACUCUUAAGGUUUUUGAUUACAAUUAAAAAAUUUUUUUUGAUAAACAAAUCAAAGUUAAGAAGUCUCGAUAGGAUGAAAAAAAAAAUGAACCAUCCAACUAAAAUAUCAACUUUUAGUCAGGAAAAAAAUUUUCUUUUGCAAAAGGGAAAAGAUAUAAUAAGUUUUUUCAGGAUAAUUUAUGA